AUGGAAAAAGGCCCGGAUGACGAAGAUCGUGGCCGCGGACCAAAAAUUCUCGGGCCCCAGCCGGUUGACUCCCCUUUGUCCGAUGCAUCCCCAGCCCCUCGGGCAUAUACCUAUCCGGAAGGAGGACGCAGAGCUUGGUUAGCAGUUGCGGGUGCCUGGUGUUGCAACUUUUGUUCCUUUGGCUGGACUAGCAGCAUUGGCGUUUUCCAAGCCUAUUAUUCAGAGCACCAGCUCUCCUCAUAUUCAUCCUCUGCGGUGUCCUGGAUUCCUUCAGCGAAUCUUUUUAUGCUGAUUGUCCUCGCUCCUGUGUUCGGAAAAAUAUUUGACAACUAUGGGCCCCGUUACGCUGUGAUAUUAGGCGCCUGCGCUCACAUUCUGGGUCUGGUGUUUCUAAGCCUGAGCACGGAAUAUUACCAAAUGUUCCUCUCACAGGGUAUUCUAUCCGGAAUUGGUGCCUGCUCGCUAUUUUAUUCUGGAAUGAACGCCGUCAGUACCUACUUCAAACGAAGGAAGGCUCUCGCUAUUGGUAUUGUGGCUAGCGGCUCAUCGCUGGGCGGCGUUAUCCUACCAAUCAUGUUCGACUACCUAAUAGCCGACGGACUGAGCUUCGGUUGGACAAUUCGUGCUAUCGCAUUGAUGUUCCUUAUCCUCCUCUUGUUCGCUAGCAUCGCCACAACCUCGAAUCUCAAGCACCAGCCGACGCCAGUGUCUUUGCGGUCCUUCGUGCGCCCGUUUAGGGAGGUCAAAUUCGUCCUGUUGGCAUUAGCUGCCUACUUUACUUUCUGGGGUGUAUUCAUUCCCAUCAACUACAUCGUCGUCUAUGCAGAGAGUCUGGGAAUGUCGCUGGUCUUCUCGAAUUAUCAGCUUAUCGCACUCAAUUCCGCGAGUGUUCUAGCCCGUGUCGGGUGUGGAUUCAUCGGAGACCGAUACGGCUGCUUCAACACGAUCAUCGUCAAUGUCGCAAUUGUCAUUGUUUCAAUAUUCGUGCUUUGGUUUAUCGAUACCCCUGGAACGACUAUGGCAUUUAGUAUUGUAUUUGGAUGGGGUUCUGGUUCAUUCAUUUCUCUACUCCCUGCCUGUAUUGCGAAGAUCUCAGACAUCCGGGAAAUCGGUGUCCGAGUGGGCAUGAUCUACUUCGUCUCGGCCUUUGCCUGUCUAACAGGAAACCCGAUUGGUGGGGCUUUGAUCCAAGGAACCAACUAUCGCUGGAUGCAGGUCUUUGCAGCACUUGUGAUCUUUGUGGGAAUUGCGUUCUUUGUUGCUUUACGAAUGGCACAAAGUCGGUCGUUGAUGAAGGUUGUGUGA